GACGGAGCAGGCUGGACACCCCUCAUGAUCGCCUCCUCCCUCAAAGACUCUUCCGCCUCUGACUCCCUAGUUUCCCUCCUGCUCUCCAAAUCCGCAGAUCCCACUUUAGUCACCAACACGGGCGCCACAGCUCUACACUUUGCAGCCUCCAAAACGCAUCUCGACACUGCNCAAAAGCUUUUGCAGCACAAGGCGUCUGCAAGAGUCAAAGAUAAAAGAGGCCAACUGCCUUUGCACAGAGCAGCUGCGGUGGGCAAUGUCCCAAUGGUCAAGUUGAUNGUUGGAAAAAGGAGUCCGGUGAACGCGACUGAUAAGGAUGGGUGCACGGCGCUGCAUCAUGCUAUUGCGGAGGGCCAUGGUGAUGCGGCUGUUGUGUUGCUCAAGGCGGGUGCUGAGACGGACAAGAAGGAUAGUACUGGGGCUUUGGCGAUCGAUCUUGCGCCUGAUGCUAAGGUCAGGCAUUAUAUCGUCCGUGCUGCAGAGGAGGAAGGGAUUAUGCUGUAG